GGCUUGGGGUUGCGUUGGUACUCGGCCUCGAGAAUAGCGUAAUCUUCGGGACUAUACACGCAUUAUCGAGUCAGCUACAUUCGUGCAAUUGCAACUGGUAUCCACCGGGAUAUAGAACAGUGGGCUCUCGACAUACCUAGUCCGACGCCGCUUCUGCCGUGCCAGCAAUUUGUUGUCCACCCGCGGCGGGAGGUUCUGGGUUAAUGUCUUUUGGGAGUGUACGAGAAAGGCGUAGCUAGAAGCAGCAGCAGCCGAAUCUGACGUCUGGGUCGAGGGAGGAGAGGACGAGAAAGCCACGGCAGAGGGCUCGGGGUCAGACAUGGUAGUAGAUAAGACGAGGUCAAGGCGGAGACAUAGGACCAGAGGGAAGAGAAGAUCGUUAGAGGUAAAGAAAAGAAUAGAUAGAAAAGACCAGCAGCAUAGCGUGGACGAGCCGAAGAAAAGACGGGCGAGGCUGAAGUGGGAAUGUUCCCGGCAGAGCUCGUGCAGGAAAAAAGACGCUUCAGUGAUCGCGUCGCGAUGUGGACGCGGCGUGCUUAACGCUAACCCCACCCGUCACCGAACUCAAUACUUACGCUUCUCGUGCAACUUACCCUUAACUUACGCCUUUUUGGUUAUAACUUAUCUCGAAACGCGAAUUAAUCACGAGGUGGCUUUAAUACCUACAUCUAUUCUGAUAGCUUGCAAGACGUGUUUGUUGUCUGGCAAGCUAAAUCUCAGUACACGACCACGACCGCGUGGCCCGUCAGACCAGAGUAUCUGCGGACCGCGAGGAUUUAUCAAUGCACAAAUUAUGCAAUAUUUUGCAUAGUAUACUAGAUCGCUAUGCCCGCCUUUAAAAUUACAGUAUAAAUGCUUGAGUGUUGCAGCCAAUUGUCCU